AUGGCGCCAAAAUCCAAAAUCCCCAAAUCAAAUUACGUAGCUCUAAUCUCCUUCAUUCUAAUCUCCGAAUCAAUCGCCACCGCCGCCGGUUUCACCACCGAUCUCAUCCACCGAGACUCUCCCCAGUCUCCUUCCUACGACCCCUCGUUCACGCCCACGCAGCGCCUCAUCAACGCAGUGCACCGCUCCGUCCACCGCGCCGGACUCCUCAGCCGCCGGCAGCGAUCCAAACCGGAGCCGCAGCCGGAUCUGACCAGAGGCGGCGGCGAGUAUCUCAUGAAAUUCGCCAUCGGCACUCCGCCCGUCCCCACCAUCGCCAUCGCCGACACCGGCAGCGACGUCGUUUGGACGCAGUGCAGCCCCUGCCUCCACUGCAUCAACCAGAGCCUCCCGCUCUUCAGCUCCCGCGCCUCCGCCUCCUACGCCAGAAUCCCCUGCAAAACCCCCACCUGCGACUCCCUCCGCCGCAUCACCACCUCCUGCAGCCGAACCAGGCAGAAUUGCCGCUACCUCGCGAUGUACGGAGACGGAUCCUACACCGACGGCAUCCUCGCGACGGAGAAAUUCACCUUCCCCUCCUCCGCGGGGACGCCGAUCGUCGUCCCCGACGUUAUAUUCGGAUGCGGAUUCCGAAACGGCGGCGUUUUCAGCGGGAUCGAAUCGGGAAUCGUAGGGCUCGGGGGCGGAUCGGCCUCGCUGGUCACGCAAUUAGGGAAAGGGAAAUUCUCCUACUGCCUCGUUCCGAUUGAAGAUCGAAUUCACACAAGCAAGCUGAAUUUCGGCGGCGAGGCUGAGGUUUCCGGCAGCGGCGCGGUGACGACGCCGAUGGUGGUGAAGAAAGGGAUGGAGACUUUCUACUACGUGACGAUGGAAGGAAUCAGCGUGGGGAAUAAAAGGAUUGAUUUCGGCGAGGAUGAGAGAGUGACGGUUAAAGAAGGUAACCUUAUUAUCGACUCCGGAACUACGGUGACGAUGCUGGCUUUGCCUGUGUAUGAGAAGGUGAUGAAGGCGGUGAAGAGCGUGAUCAAACUGAAGCAGAUUCCGGAUCCGAGUGGGAUUUUGGAUUUGUGUUACUCUUCGCGAAGCCGAGAGAGGGAUUUUCCGGAGAUCACGAUUCAUUUUAGAGGGGCGGAUGUGAAAUGGAGAUUUGAGAAUGCUUUUGUGAAGACGAGUGAUGAAUCAGUGUGCUUUGCUGCUCAAGCCAUUGAUUUUGAUGGAUUUUCUAUUUUUGGUAACUUGGCGCAGGCCAACUUUUUGGUGGGAUUUGAUCUUCUCAAGAAAACGGUGUCGUUUAAGCCUGCUCAAUGUGGAGGAACCUGA